UUCUGCUUGGAAUGAGUUGCUUCUAGGAUAAUAGGAUCCAGUUUCGCCCCUCUCUCGUUCUUAGGUCUGGGGAGGGUACAUGAGUCUGUAUUUGGUGUUGGUGUUGGUGCCAUGAUGUUUGCCAGCCCUAUGACUUCUACUCCAUUUUCUGUCAAAGACAUUCUGAACUUAGAGCAACAUCAGAGUGGCCUCUCUACCAUGGACAUCUCCCCCAGGCUGGACACCUCUUCAUGUAUGCUCUCCAGCUUCAAACAAGAGUCUUAUCCGGGGACCCCUUGCCUUUCUGAGCUCACAGAGGAUAUGUCUCAGAGGGACAACAACAAGGGGUCUUCUCCAUUCCCUGGAUCCUUCUUUGUCAAAAACUACAUGGAAAUGGACUCCUCUAAAGAGCACAAAGAAGACAAGAAAGAUCUCUGCUCUUUGCAGAAAAAUUCGGAAACUGAUAAGCGAGACUUGGAAGACCCAGACAGGCCAAGGCAACGAAAAAGAAGAAAGCCCAGGGUGCUGUUCUCCCAAGCCCAGGUCUAUGAACUGGAAAGGAGAUUCAAACAGCAGAAAUAUCUGUCAGCCCCAGAGAGAGACCAUUUAGCCAAUGUUUUGAAGCUCACCUCCACACAGGUGAAGAUCUGGUUCCAGAAUAGAAGGUACAAAUGCAAAAGACAAAGACAAGAUCAGACUUUGGAAAUGGUGGGCCUUCCACCCCCAAGGAGGAUAGCAGUACCUGUUCUGGUGAGAGAUGGCAAACCUUGUUUGGGAGAGUCCUCUCCAUACAAUUCCCCAUAUAAUGUCAGCAUUAACCCUUACAGCUACAACACUUAUCCUCCCUACUCCAACUACAGUAAUCCAGCCUGCAGUGGCAGUUACAACUGCAGUUACUCAUCCAUGCCAAGCAUGCAACCCACCUCAGCUAGUAAUAAUUUCAUGAAUUUUAGUGUGGGGGACUUAAACACAGUGCAGACACCCAUUCAGCAAGCAAGCAGUGUAUCUGCACUCCAUGGCAUCCGAGCAUGGUAGAACUUGGCUAGAGGCCAUUCUGAAAGCACUAAAAAUGUGGUGGUAUGGAUCAUAUAGACUGGAAAGAUCAUUCAAACAAAUCUGUCCUGCACCUUCCAAAGAAUAGAUGUGACUUUAACCCCUUUGUGUGAGAAUGCAAACUGAGAGUUAACAAAGGACAAUUUGGCAUGCUGGACAGACCAGCAAACGGAAGAUCCACAUCUUUUAUGUUGUGUAGUGUUCAGUUGUUAGCAUCACCAGUAUAUUUUCAGAUUAUCCAAGUGUGUCAUUUGGUUUAUUUAAUCCCAGGAAGCUUUAGCAAUAAAUACAUUCACCCAAAGAGUCACGCUGACCAUAACUACUGGGAAAAUGUUUAAAGUCUGAAAAAUAAAGAAAAUGAAUUCCUGGCAGUUUUGUCUCGCUGUAUAUGAAAUUUUAUGUCAUAGAAUGGUUCUCACUGAGCCUCUGAAAUCCAAACAGGUUCCGUUUGUAAAAGAAUAAGCUAUAGAACAAAAGAGAAGUAAGAGAUUUAAUAUAAUUAGAAGAUAACGGAAAACGACAUUGGUUAUUUUAUACAUAGAAAAUGUCUGCAGUAUUUAAACCAGUCAGGUCUGUGCCACAUGGGAGCCAAUAUCAUGGCAAAACAGCAGGUCUGUUACUGUUGGUGCCAGUAGGCCCAGAGCACGACAUGAUAGGUACUGAUCAGGAGUAAAAACUCAUCUGACAUUUUGUUGUAAAUAAUGCUUUUUUAUUAUAUUAAAUUAUUUUCUUUUUUUUUUUCUCCUCUAGUUAACAUUAGCCUGGUUUGUGUACAUAACAAAAUGCAAUAUUGUAUUGGUUGUUACAUUUUGCAUAUAUUCAGAAUGCAUUUUUGUAGAUUGCUGAGCUGAAAAUCUUGGAAAGUUCCCCUGAAACCUAAACUCAGUGAUGAGCAUUGAGGUCAUUAUACGUGAGAAAUAAACAUUUAUUUUACGCCAA